AUGUCCUCAGAAGGCAAAAAUGAAAAUGAAGAGAGCUUAGUGAGGCGAAUACAGGAUUCGCAUUCUCAUCCUGACGAUAAUGAUCUUCAGCAACAGUUAAUGAAUGACUGUUUCACAUAUUUCCUCUCGCUUCCAGAGACGGAUCAUCAUCUUUUUUGUGAAAAGAACAAGGCUACGAUAUUGGUAUAUUUGUUGUUGGUGUUGGCCUCAUUUAAUGAGAAUGAAGUACUAGAAGAACUUAGGAAACGUGCACAUGCUUCACUUGAUAAAUGCACUAAUUGUGUGAUAGGUUUCCAUGCUGUGAGAGCUGAUUUUAGAGAGAAGUUCAUCAACAUCCGCAAGAUUAGUUUUCAGAACACAAAUGUUAUCAUGGAACGACUUGCGAAAUGGGAGGCUGAUUAUCUCAGCUCAAAAAUACGUUCUUCAAUCGACACUCCUGGUGAUUUAUCCACCACUGUUACCAGUUGUCUUGUUGAAUGUAUGAUUUGGCCUCGACUUCUAAGAAUGAAUAGCGAUUUGAAGAGUUAUUUCGACCAUUCCUUUGCCCUAAUCGAUACCGUCGACAGAGAAAGCCUAUCGAAGGUUUUGAAAUUUUACCCUGGGUUGAUAUACUGCUUAUUUGAAGGUAGCAGUAAUGAAAGAGAGUGGGCUCUUUCGAAGUUUCCUUACGGGGAUGAUACAAAGACUACUUGGCUUGAAUCUAAAGACUUCAAUCCUCUUGCCAUGGAAGAAUACGAGGAAUAUUUCUACCGGAUCCAAGAUCCCGACUUUUACACCGAUCAGAGGGCCGUCGACUUUUGGUGUAGUAUUAAUCCUAUUUUACGUUUCUGUGAUCCAGGGGCCAUUCUCAAAAAGCUUCAAUAUCCACCAACUGUCGAGUCUUAUACCAAUUACGUGGGCUUUAAUGUUGUUCCUCUAACACAAGUGUUCAUAAACCAGUCGCUGUCGUAUUUAGAUCAGCCUUUGCCAUAUCUUUUGAGAACUUUAGCAAUAUUCUUGGAAAGACUUGGAAACCAGUUCUUUACUGUGAUAAAGCCACAUAGCUAUCUCACAUUUUUCGAUAUUGCAUUUCAGAAUCCUGCAUACCUCAAAACUCUUGCCUCAACAACUCAGGAUGCAUCAAACUUGUCUCAAAGAGUCGCCGACUCAGGUACAACUCCUCAUUUUAGGGAUCUUUUUCGUUGGAUGACUGUUUGCUAUCCACUUCUCAAGGAAUCACAAAAAGCUCAGUUUGCUUGUAUCAUCUUCAACUACAUGAUGAAUAAUGCUUCUCAUCCUUCCUAUGGAAAUUUCUUUUGUUACUUCGCUUUGAAUAUGAUGUCAGAGCAAUUGGAUCCAAAGAACGCACUAUUCGAUGCAAAGUUGACUUUUGAAAUGAUUACUAAUUCCAAGGCCAGAUCUCUUGUCGAUAAAAGAUGCAUUGUGAUAUUUGAUGCCAUUAAGAAUAGUGCCCUUAGAGUUGUAGCCUUGAAGCUUAUAAAGUCGGCACUUAUGUAUGAUGUGGCACUAUUAGUACAAUCAGGUUAUAGUCUUUCUGCUGGCGACUCUAGUGUUACACUGCAGACACAUCCGGAUCUCUGGAAUAUUCUUCAGACUAAAUUGACGGGUACAGAUGUUGAAAUUGCUACAACAUUCCUAUCAGCAUUGCAGAACGCUGUUGCCGUCAGGUCUAUUGACAUUUUAUAUUUAAAGACUAGGCUCCAGCAAAAUAAUACGGUCCCGGAGGAUGAUAUGAAAAAAUUGGUCGCCACAUGCAGUAAGCAUAACAAAUACGUUGGUCAGUGGAAUUCUUCAGUGGAAAGUAUCCUAAGCAAGAUUGUAGAGUAUUCUUCGACUCAGGGAAUGCAGUCUUUAGCCAGAAGUGAAGUUUCUUCAGUGGGUAUAUGGUCGUGUGUUUUGUCACCAGAGGAAAAGGUUUAUCAAUCUGGUAUUUCGUUUUUGUAUGAGGCCUUCAAUGUUGAUGGCAGAUUUGAAGCAUUUAGAGAAGCUCUCAAGCAAGAUAUUCCGUCGGUUCUUAAACCAUUCAGCAGCACGUUGAUAAUAUUUGUGAAGCUAGAAAUUUUUAAAGCAAGUAAGCGGGGCGUGAGAAUCAUAAUGGAUCUUAUCAAGGCACUCUUUGAUCCCAUCCACGGUCUUUUGGCAAUGCACGUUUCCUCAUUAAGCAUGAAAAGUCGUGAGGUCCUUGUAGAUUUUUGGGAGGCCGUCUGGAGAUUUUUAAGAAUGAUUUACAGGGCCAUUUUUGUGUGGUCUUCUACUUAUGAAAGACUUAAAGUUCUGUCUAACAAUAAGCAGAUGGCCGAGCGGAUCUCUUCUGACCUGCUAGAGUUCACAAGAGAUGUAUUGGAUCUUUCACAUUCCGUGUUGAAUGGGUACAAGCUAUUGGUUUCGGCCAUUAGCUUUGAUGGAAUUAAGGAAGAGCAGCUUACGGAUAUCCAGGAGAGUAUUUUUCAACCGGUGAUGUCUGCUUUAAAGGAUGAGAUCAUGUGGUUACGUUUGAGUGAUCCGGCACUUUUGGUUCUUUGCGUGAACCUAAUCAUCAAUGUUCUUGACUUAAGUAUGGAGCUAAAGGUGAAGGUGUCUGACGAGAACAUUGCCAACUUGACGAAGUUGUGUGCUAAGGCCAAGAAGUACAACAACAGAAUGAAUAAAGAGCAAACGGGUAACAUAUUGCUCCGCACCAGAAGCAUGAAUGCUGAGUUGGUUGAGAAUAUCUUAGCCGCAGAGGAGCAACGGAAAAGAGAGAAGGCCGAGAAGAAUAAUGCGGCAAUUAGACGUGCCGGUAGAAUUUCGAGCAAUAAAUAUGUUUCUCCAACAGUUAUUGAGAUUCCAGAUGUUGCACCACCAAGACUAACAUUGCUUGAACAGGCUCGUCUUAGAUUGAAUGAGAAGAGAAAGAGGUUCAAGCAGCCUGCCAAGGAACCUGCCGCAGCAAGACCGCCAGGAUUUAAUAAGAAGCAUUCGGGAUCAGCUUCGAAUUCCGAAGAGGAUGACGAUGAUAAUGACGACGAUGAUGACGAUGGUGGUUUGUUCACGAAAGAACAAGUUGCAGCAAAGUUGAAGAGAAGUAAAGCUACUUUAUCAUCCAUUCAGCAUCGUAGGCCUGCAUACUCUGUUUCUGAUAAGCAAGCAAUGAUCAGGGAAACGAUGAAUAAGAAGAAGAAGGCGGAGGAGCUAAUGAGGCUUCGUUUAAAUGUAGACAUGAAUCCUUUCUACAAGCAUGUUCUUUCUUGGUCUUAUGAGCACAGCGGCGAUUUCCCAGUCGAUAGUAAUAUCUCUGGAUACAAAGUGAUUGCAGAUGAGUUCGACACUGCUGAAGACUAUCAGAAAACGUUUGAGCCUUUACUUCUACUUGAAUGUUGGCAGGGUAUACAAAGAGCAAAGCAAGUUGGUGGAGAAAAGCCAUUCAGACUAACGGUUGCUUCCCGUUCGGCUACAGAUUCGUUUUAUGAUGUUUAUUCCACCGUUGACAAGAAAAUGAUCACCGAGCAGAGGCUUCUUUUGGAAAGCGACUUGAUGGCAUUGAUGUUUGUUGACAACUUGCCAUCUACAGACAAGCAGCUUCAGAGAAGACACGUCUCGAACAGAAAGUGCAGUUGUUUUGCCAGAGUGCGUAAUAUCAAGAUUUCAAACAGCCGGUAUGCGGAGUUGACGCUUCGUAUUUCUUCCUCGACCAAGAUGGUGAAGUUUUUGUCGCCAUCUACAGAAAUUGUGGGCAUGCGAGUCAUGCAGAUGACAACUGUGGAAAGAGAAUACUCCUCUCUUGUUGGUUUACCUUACUACGACUUAGUGAAGUCUAUUACAAAGGCUGUUCCUUGCCAGCCAGAAGGCCUAGACUCAUCCAGGGUGGCCGAAAUUAAAGGGACUUACGAUGUUAAUGAUUCCCAGGCUGUUGCUAUAGCAGGUGCAGUCCAUAAAGAAGGUUUCUCUCUUAUUCAGGGUCCUCCUGGAACAGGUAAGACUAAGACUAUUCUUGGUGUGAUCGGACACUUCUUGACACGUAUGGCAGUUGCAAGAAAUGGCAGUCAUCCAAUCCAGAUGCCCUCUCAACAAGUCAGCCGCUCGAAGGAGCACAGAAGAAUAUUGGUCUGUGCACCUUCUAAUGCUGCUGUUGAUGAGUUGGUGCUACGUUUGAUGCGUGGCAUUAAGAACUCGAAAGGAGUAAUUUUUAAACCUCGUCUCGUGAGAUUGGGAAGAACGGAUGCGAUCAAUGAGCAAGUGAAGGGCAUUACUUUGGAGGAGUUGGUGGACUCGAAGCUUUCAUCCGUGGAAAAAAUAGAUGACAAUGCCAUUCGAGAACAGCAUCGGAAGUGCAUUAUGGAAAGAGACGAGUUGCGUGAGAAGUUGGACUCCGGAAAGUUGCCGGAGGCAGAGAUUGCAAAGGCAGAGAUGAGGUUGCAGGAUGUGGUGCAGAAACGAAGAGAGUUAGGUAAGAAGUUGGAUGAGAUCAGAGAGAAAAGAUCGGUCAGUUACAGGAACAGGGAGAUCGAGAGGCGUAAUAUUCAAUUCAAGAUUUUAAACGAUGCCGAAGUUGUCUGCUCUACUCUUUCUGGUUCGGCCCAUGAUGUUUUGGCUAGUAUGUCUUUAACCUUCGACACAGUUGUUAUUGAUGAGGCCGCACAAUGUACUGAACUUAGUGCCAUUAUUCCUUUGAGGUACGGAUGUACCAAGUGCGUGAUGGUUGGUGAUCCAAACCAGCUUCCACCAACAGUUCUUUCGCAAAAGGCCGCCUCUUAUAAGUACGAACAGUCCUUGUUUGUUAGAAUACAGAACAAUCACAAGGACAGUGUGUAUUUAUUGAAUGUCCAGUAUCGUAUGCACCCUGAGAUCUCCAUGUUCCCAUCCAAAGAGUUUUACCACUCCAGAUUGCUGGACGGACCAAAUAUGGCCGAAAAUAACUCGAAGCCAUGGAACUCCCUAUAUGGUCCUUACAGAUUUUUUGAUGUCAAAGGUGCAGAAGAGCAGAAUGAGGCUACAAAGUCUGUUUUCAACUACACUGAAGCUUCGCUUGCGUUGGAAUUAGUUGAAGAUCUUUUUGAGAAGUUUUCUGAGAUUAACUGGGCGGGAUUAGUUGGAAUCAUCUCGCCUUAUAAGGAGCAAGUUAAGCUCCUUAAAAAGCUUUUUAUAAAUCGCUUCGGCCGUAUUAUAACCACCCAGAUUGAUUUCAAUACUGUGGACGGCUUCCAAGGACAGGAAAAGGAAGUCAUCGUUUUUUCGUGUGUGAGAGCUGAAAAUCACACCGGUAUUGGUUUCUUAGCCGAUAUCCGUCGUAUGAAUGUUGCUUUAACUAGAGCUCGAUCGUCUCUUUGGAUACUUGGCUCGAAGAAGGCCUUGGUGAAUAACAAGACCUGGAGGGAUUUGAUAGAAAAUGCUACUGAAAGACAUCUUGUCGAGCGCAUAACACGUGGAUUUACUAAAUCCAACACUGCCAAUUUGGAUACGUUUGAAAAUUAUGGUCAAAAGCCUGUUGAUUAUGGUCCCAAAUCUGCUGAUCAUAGUCAUAAAUCUGCUGACUAUAAUCAUAAAUCUACUGAUUCUUUGCAUGAGGUGAAAGAAGAGAAAGAAAAUAAUAAUCACCACCUUAAUAAACAGACAGUGAAACCGGAUACGGUAAAGUUCAAGACAUCUGUUCCAAAUAGCGCACUUCAUGUUCCUUCAGGUCCUCAUACUUCUUUGAAUAAUCAUAAGCGUUCACACGGCUAUCUCUCAGGAAGUAAAGAAAAUCAAAAUCUUAUGCCACCAAAAAGAGUUAGGCAUGGUAUAAUACCAAGCAGGCCUCAUCAUAUGUCUUCAAAUGGAAACAAGCGUGAGAGAUUCGGCACGGUUUCGGAUACUGGCGGAAUGUUCAAGCUUAGCAAGCCAAAGGUGAAGUUUCCACCGCAUAUGCAACACAAAAAGAAAAAAUGA